AGGUUUCCAAAAAUCAGGUUUAUGAUUUAGUUAGUGUAUGUAAAAACCCCAUGCAGCCUCAGCAGUUUGCUUCCUCUGGGCGCUCUAGGUAGUCCCGCCUCCAGCGCGUAAAGGACCCGACGCGCUUUUACGCACUGCAUUCAGUUGAAGCAGUUUGGAGAGCAAGAGGACGCCGGACACGCACAUGGGGUUUCUACUGCAUAUAAGCUUAUCCUUUUCGAAAUGAUGAGUACGGACGGUUGUGAUUCUCUAGAGGGCUUCCAAACCACUAUUGGAGAGAUGCUGGUCUCUAACAUCUCCAAGCCACUGCGCGAAAGCAAUGUCACCAAGAAUUCCAGUUGUGGAUUUGUAUCAGUUGGUUUCCCUAUAACCAUGAUGAUCACUGGCAUGGUGGGCAACACAUUAGCUCUCAUUCUAGUGUAUAUCUCUUACAAAAAGAAGGAAAAUAAAAGGAAAAAGUCUUUCUUGCUUUGCAUUGGAUCGCUAGCGUUUACUGACCUGUUUGGGCAGCUUUUGACAAGUCCAAUUGUAAUAUCAGUUUACCGAGCUGAUCUGAAAUGGGAGAGUAUCGACUCAUCUGGCAAUUUGUGCGCUUUCUUUGGGGUGAGCAUGACAACUUUUGGCCUGUGCGCUCUCUUCUUGGCCAGCGCCAUGGCAAUUGAAAGGGCUAUGGCGAUAACAAACCCCCACUGGUACUCCAAUCACAUGAAGACAAGUGUGACAAAGCAGACUUUGGCAGUCAUAUGGGGUCUUGUGUUCCUCUUUGCGCUGCUGCCCAUUGCAGGGGUCGGGGAAUACACACGCCAGUGGCCGGGCACCUGGUGCUUUAUCAGCACGGGGGACAGAGAAGUCCGAGGCAAUAUGUUUUUCGCCAUCACUUUCGCUGUACUUGGGAUUUUCUCUCUGCUUGUAACAGUUUCCUGCAAUGUAGUGACGAUCCGGGGAUUAAUUACCCGGUGUAAAACAAAGUCUGGCACGUCUCAGUCUUCAAAACAGUGGGAACGGCUCACCACGGAGACCGUCAUUCAGCUGUUAGGGAUUAUGUGCGUCCUGCUUAUAUGCUGGUCUCCUCUGCUGGUUCUGAUGCUGAGGAUGAUCUCUGCCCAGGUAUCCUUUCACGAGUGCAAUUCAACAGCAACGACCUCCAAUCACACUUCUAGCCAGGAUGUCCAUUUCGAUUGUAACGUUUUUCUGACAGCGAUCCGCUUGGCCUCCCUCAAUCAGAUCCUGGACCCGUGGGUCUAUCUGCUCUUCAGGGAGAUCCUCCUUCGCAAGUUUUGCAUCGUAGCUAAUGCAGUGUCCAACUGCACUGUAGAGGAUCAUAAGGGGACCCAACCGGCACUGGAUGCUCUUAACAAGCAGAACCAAGACGGCAACAACCUUCAUAAACCACAACAUAGCUAAUUCAACCUUUGACAGGAAUUCUUGUGACUUUGAAGCCGGGCCGAUUGGAUGGAUGUGAAAAUGGAUACACUGUUGUCGCGGAUGUGUCAUGAAAAAAAUGGGGAUGAAUUUUUUCUCCAUGUCCUCCAAGGAAGGAUACUGUGCAAUGGGGGACAAGAGUAGUCUCUGUUGCACUGAUAAUGAAAACCAUGAGUCUGAUCUGGGUGCAUUUGUUUUCCAUUCAUAGUCACCCAAACAGCAUGUGGAUGAUUGACUGCGUCACCUCUUGCAUUUGGCUGCAGCGUGGCUGCCAGGAACUCUCUCAUUGCUAGUUUUUAGUUUUAAUAACAACAUCUCCCAGGCCCAAGAAUUGAAUAAGGGCAUAAUAAGCUGACUUAUAUAGAAGUGGUGCAUCUCAUGCUCUUUUUAGUUUCUGAACUGAGUCAGCACUUUCAACAACUUGAAGCCAUAAGCCAACUAAAGGACAAAUGUUUUCUGUGAAUGUCUGUAACUUAAAUAAGCAACUGCAAAUUGCUUUUAUUAAGUUGUAAAUAGCUUUGCCAUGUCUUACAAGAAAUGUAAUAACUUAAUAAGGAUGGGUGGUCAUUCAGAAGAAAAAUGCAAAUCCUAAACUGGAGCCAAUUGUUGAUUGUAAGAUUAUUUAUUAGUGUCUAUAGUAAUAUGAGAUUAGUUGUUUCUGUGCUGAAUGCUGAUGAUGCUACUUGUUGGGUAUCAGUUGUUGUAAAUGUUAUAAUAUAUUGUACGUGACGUUCCUCGGCCAGCAGCCAGGACUUUGAAAUGUGAAGCUUUACUUUGUUGCCACUUUAUCUCCUGAAUAUGAAUGCACUGGUAAAUUGUUACGCAAUUAUUUUCUCAGCAAUUUUCUUUUCAGAAUAACUUCAAGUGUGUGAGGGAAAGGACUGUGGAUUUGUGGUGUUAAGCAUCAUGAGAUUAUGGAUGGCAGGGUGGUCUGAUACUGUACCUAUCACUGUGUCAUUGAGCAAUCCCUGCCAAUGCACUGGAUUAAAAGUAUUCUUGUUCUGUAAGUACACAGUGUGUACCUAAAAAUAUAGAUAAUUGGUGCAGUCUUUUGACCACUUCCAUCAGUAUAAGUAGAGAGAGGUGUGCUCUUUGGAUUCAAGGAUGAUGAGCAGAAAUAUAAUGGAAUGAAGAAAGUCAUGUCCAAACUGUCCAAAACACAGGCACCACAAUAUCUAAAAGAUUACCACAAUAUUUAAAAGAUUAAAAAGCUUUUUUGGCACCCUUGAAGCUUUUUUUGCAACUGCUACAACACAACGUUUCAUCAAGGUGUUGGCCAACAGUGUUAGGUGGCCACACUAAUACACUUCUACCAGUACACGGGCUGUAGCUGCAGGUACAGUAUGUUUUAAACAUGUUUUUUAGCUACAUGAAUUCUUGCUUUUAAUUCUGUGGUGAUUACCUGGGACAUCCUUGAUGCUACCUCUACAUAGAAGUAAAUGUUAACAUUUCUUGAAUCUGUAAAGCGCAAUUUCUCAGAGGUCUCAGAUGAAAUCAACUUACUUUUCAAUCUUAGUGCCAAAUAACUAAAUGCCAUUGAUCAAUAGUGCUGUUGGCAGGAAAUGGUAAUCCAUUCCUUUUACAUUGAUAUAAAUAUGAUUUGAAGCACUAUAUAUGAUGUAAAACUUUUUUUGUUUUGUUUUUGGCUAUGUUGUCACAUGUAGCACCAUCUCAUUGGUGCAGAAUCUCGGUCAAAGACAUCUCAAGGAUGUGCACUUUGGCUGUCAUGGUAACCUUCGAUUUGUGGGACAAUUUCUCACACCAGCACCACAAUUCUGCCUUCUCAGCACGUCAAACAACGAGAUUAGACUUACGUACACACUCUGCCUUGCCCAGUCUUGCCUUUGCCUUUCAAUUGUGAGAAUCCAUACAAGCUCAGUGAUACUGACCCUAUAGGAAAUUGUUGUCUGCAAAGGCCAUGUGAAAAAUGAAUAUUUGCUGUUACCAUGUAACAGCAGAUGCAGUUAAUGUACACUUCGAAAGUAACAUCUGGGGUUUAUUUCUUAUUUCAUGCAUUUAGGUUACAGUGAGAUAUGGGGGGUUUUACAAUUGACUCAGUCAGCUUCCACUUCAAUCCACAUCAUGUAAUUGUCUCAGUUCUCUGUCCAGGAGACUCUAUAGCUUCCUGCUUUCAGUUAAGAAACAUAAUUACCCAACAGAACAUCCCUUAAAGUCCCACCCAAUCCCCACAGUGGAAAGAAAAAUGGCAGAAUGAUAAUUAAUUCCUUGUAAAUAGAAAACAUGAAACAUUUCCAGUAAAAGCUUGCACAGUGUUUACAGGGAGCGCUUUCUGGGAUUCUGCAGUAUACAGUCUACUCUUAUGAAAUAUGAAUGCUCAUUAGAACCAGGGGACCUACUCAGUAAUGUGAGAUGAAAAGAUCCGCAAACUCCAGUUUAUUGAUCCACACGGAGUGAUAGCUAAUGUUUGGCAUGCCGUUGCAUAUUAAUCUCAAAAUCACACAAGCCUCUUUAAGAAAUGACUCUAUGAAUGCUAUUCAAGCUUUGAUUGUCGGGACUGUCAGGUUUGGUUUGCUCUCAUGCUUGAAUGGUGUCCAUUUGUGUGAGGAACAGGCCAUUUCAGCAGGCAAUUACACACAAGAGUCUUGCACCAGCAUUGAAGGGAGCAUUACAAUUACAGUCUUUAUGAGGUCUGGAGAAUCCACUGUUGGCUCCAUCUCUCUCACUCAAGUCACUAAUGAAUGGAAGGGAUUUACCGAUUGCCUAAUGAGCUGAGGAGUCACUUGAUAUCUUGAGAUUUCAAGACAAGAAGAGAUUUUCUGACAAAAAAAAAUUGAGCAUUUGAUAAUUUGCAUUUGUGCUCAAUUUUUUAAAUGCAUUUUCCAAAAAUAAUUCCUAAAGUCCAAUGCUUCAGUAUUCAGGUGAUUACUUUAUGACCCCUUCAAAAAAUAUUGUGCCAUAUACAGUAGUAAUCAUUUUUGUCUCUGAAACAUAUAUAUCACCAACAUUUCCCUCUAUCAACCUAAAGAGUAAUCCCUGUUAACUUCUGGUGUUUGGCCCACUAGCCAAGGCUUCACUGAUGAAUGUAAAUAAAUACGGAUGUCUCUCAGAUGUCCAUCUUCUUAUCUUUUGUUCACAUUAUGCCUCUGCUUUUGAAUGUUAAAAGAGAACUCUGUGUAGUCUGACUAAAUGAAUUUCUCCGAACACUGAGACUCGAUUCUCAGAUGAGAGUUAUCAACAUGCUUUCACACAGCUACUGUUCUGUUCUGUUCUCAAAGAUCUUCAUUUAAAAAAAUGUCUGUUAAGUCACUAUCUAUCGCCGAAUGAUGUGACACAAUGGUGAUUGAGCCUAUGGCCCACUGAUGAAAGUAUGUUUGUAUAUUUGCAGCUUUAUGAACUGGGUGUCUGUGCUCCUACUUCUGCAUCUUCACAUUAAAAGCAUUUAUCUGGUGAAA